AUGUAUGCUUUAAAACUCGCAAAGUGCUUAUUGCGUCCUGCACAAUUCGCUCCAGUGCGUUCUACGCUGAGAGCGUUUACUACCAAUCCUAAGGGUAUGACGGAAGAAAUGGUGCAGAAGAUUAUAAAGAGAGAUGAGGAGUUGCGUCGAGAUUACUAUGACAUGCCUUCUUCGUUCCCCGAGUCCAGCCAGCCACCAAAUGGCCAUGUGACGAUGGAAGACGCUCUUCGUAAGCGACUUCUUCAUCGCUCUCGCCAACGAGGUAUGCUCGAGGUAGAUUUGCUUCUCGGCAAGUGGGCUCAACUGAACAUCAAUCGUCUCAGCAGACAAGAGCUCGAUCAAUACGAAGCUCUCCUUAAUAGCGAGACGGUGGAUAUCUUCUCUUGGAUCACCGACAAGUCCCCUCUCCCUCCUGAAAUGGACUUGCCGAUCGUCCGAGAAAUUCAACAGUGGGUUAAAAGCAAGCCGUUCGGUGUUGCGAGUCCAGAGGAAUACGCGAAGAACAAGGAGUUUUUCUCAAAUUGA